AUGAUUUCCAACAAAUUGGCCAUCGCAGGCCUAUCCUUAGGCCAACACCCAUCUCAUUCGCUCGACAACAAGAUCAAAGCGGCUGCCGAAGCUGGAUACGCAGGAAUUGAAAUUAUAUACUCUGAUUUAGAAGUUUACUCCGACUUACACAAACUAUCUUUGUUGGAGGGCGCUGAAAGAGUCAACAAGCUAUGCCAAAAUGUCAAUUUGCAGAUACUAGCCCUGGCCUCGUUUCAGAACUAUGAAGGGGACCGCUCGCCACUGAACAGCAGAUUAGAGAGGGCUGAGCGCUGGAUUGAGAUAGCGAGAAAACUCCGAGCGCUAUAUUUGCAGAUCCCCUCCAAUUAUCGACCAGACGCUGUUGGCGAUGAAGCAGUUAUUAUCUCAGACCUCAGGCAUCUAGCGACCAUCGGCGACGCUAAGCAGCCCCGCGUCUCAAUUGCAUAUGAGUUCUUAUCGUGGGGAACCCAUUGUUCCACAUGGGAGACUGCGCUACGGUAUGUUGAGUUGGUCAAUCGACCGAAUUUCGGACUGUGUCUAGACACAUUCCAUAUUGGCACAAAACUAUGGGGUGAUCUUUUCGCCCCAUCUGGAAAGUUUGCUGAAGCAGAUGCGGCGCUCAAGGACUCUCUAGAUCGGUUUACGGCUGAAAUUCCCGUCGAAAAGAUUUUCUUCGUGCAAUUAUCUGAUGCUGAAAGAUUUGACCCGCCAUUCUCCAAAGAUCAUCCGUGGUAUACAGAGGGUGAAGCUCCUGAAUUCAGUUGGUCCAACCAUGGACGUCCAUUUCCAUAUGAGCAUGACCUCGGUGCAUACCUUCCUAUCACGGACAUUGCCAAAGUCUGGAUUGUGGAUAUUGGGUUCAAAGGCUGGGUGUCCAUGGAGAUUUUUGAUCGAGGAAUGAAAAGCAAGGAAAGCCGACCAGAGAUUGCUGCCUUCAGAGGAAUUGAGUCAUGGAAAAAUCUUCAGAGGGAACUUGGACAGUCAACAUAG